UCGACCUGGAUCCGCACUUCGCGUCUAUCCGAUUGCGCGACUCGGGUGCCGUUUCGCGGACCGCGUAGCGACGCCUGCUGCUGCUCAAACGCGCUGGCGUAGUCGCAACCACUGCAUCCGUUCACGUCGCAUCGUUCGUCCCUAACGUGGAAUCGUCCACCGCCAUGCUGGUUGGUGCACCGAUCGUUUAAAUUCUACGGGGGAACACACCGAUUAAUCGACGACAGUGACAACAGUGAUCUGCUGCGACUGGAACAAGGCCUGGAAUUCGGUGUCCCGAUAUUUUCUUCUCCAUCGAGUUCCCGAUCUCUCUGAACGUCGAUCGGCUGACGGACGGAUGCAACUCCGCGAAUCACCUUUGAUACGCGUCCCGACCGUAGAGAUAAACUCGUGACACGGCAUGGAGAUAGACAGGAAGUAAGAAGCGAGCCGCCGGAAACAUGUCGCCCAGUCGUUUGAUAGUGGCGGCAAUUGUACUCGCGGUUGCCACCGUCUGUCGCGCGGAGUGCCAGACUCGUUCCAUAUAUUGCUACGAAUGCGACUCGUGGACGGAUCUCAGAUGCAAGGAUCCAUUCAAUUACACUGCACUUCCGAGGGAUCAACCGCCUCUCAUGACUUGCAACGGCUGUUGCGUGAAAAUGGUUCGCAACGCGAAAUCACCGUACGAGACCGUGAGGCGGACCUGCACUUCGCAACUACAGAUAAACUUAUUCAUGGUGGACCACGUGUGCAUGAUGGAAAGAACCGGCACUGGUCACAUGUGCUUCUGUGAGGAGGAUAUGUGCAAUCGUGUCUCCCCGACCUCGUGUUCAAAUCCCGCACUCCUGCUGAUCCUGUCGACCAUCCUUGUACUACGCUCGGUCAAUUUAGGGGUCCCAGCUUGCUUUGUAGAACGUUGCAAUGGUCACGUCGUAUAACACUGAUUUACUCGAUUCACCUGCCAGUGAUUCCGAUCAUAUCCUUCGUAGACAUUUAGUUUUAGUCGACGAGCAGAAAUCUCGUCGGGACGAGCGAUCCUUUGCGGUCACGUACAGAGGUCUACGCCAUCCGACCGCUCGGGCCUUGUGUUUCUUUCCACGUUCGCGUAGCGAAAGACAGAGGUAACGCGUACGUGCCUCGGCAAAAGGGACGAGGGUCGAUCGAUCAUUGGGUAAUCACCUCGGAUACCUAACGUACGGAUUAUACAUUCAAAUUUGGCAAUUAAACUGGCUCGACACAGGAAUCCCGGCUCUCGAUGGCUCCGCGAUCGCUCGUCCCGGUCGGUUCUUCGGCAUAAACAGUAGCGAAAAAUCUCGACAGUGUUCCGUGUAGACGAAUCAUUCGACUCUCUGUCACUCUCACGAUCUUACCAAGCGCCCUUCUCUUUUGGUUCGUGGCUCCAUGGGAACGUUAACACCUUCGCGAUGUUGAAAUUUUCGAGUAGCGGGAUGGAACUUUUAUUUCUUUCCGCCAUUCUACCGGCUGGAUUUAUUUUUCGUCCAAGAUGGCAUGUUACCUGGGUUACUUUCCAAUUAUCGCAGCGUCGCCAGUCGCCGUUCUUUUAGUUUCAUUUCAAAUUUUCGCGUCUCUCUUAAGCCGCGUUUAUCGCUACCAACGUUUACCUUCCUUUCGGCCAAAUUUUGCUGCAUGAGGAUCGAUCAGGAUCCUACCUUCCUCUGCAACCGUUGAUUCGUUUCUUUUGUUCGAUCUUUUCGUCUCUUUCACUCUCAGCAUCGUUGCAUCUGAUUUUAUACAAAUUUCUCUCUCCUUUUACGUUUGUCAAUUUUCAAUAUUUUGCAAGCAUCGUUCUCUAGUUCUCGCAGAGCAUCUUGUCGCGACAGGUUAGCAAUAGUCUGUCAUUACAUCGUGAUAUUUUGGAAUGUAUCUUUUCGUUCGACUUUUCACUCGCUUGUCUCGUUUAUCUCUGUUCCAUACGAGGUACGUCGUCUUUUCCGAGCGAACGCGGCAAUUCGUAGGUAUAGUGUUUGCAACGUUGUUCGAUCAUUGCAAGAACCUAGGAUUUAAUGUGUGUCUAGUUGUGUUACCUCACACACGUUUACCGCUUUCCCAUUGUGCGCACACCUUGCACUGGGAGUGACGGACCUUCUCCAAGGAAAACUGCCUCGAGUGACGAAGGAUAAUCGAGAUACCAAGAGUGAGAGAGAGAGAGAGAGAGUGUGUGUGUGAGAGAGAGAGAGAGAGAGAGAGAGUGAGUGAGUGAGAGAAAGAGAGAGAGAGAUAAACGUUCAUUUUAGAUAGAGCAUAGAGGUCGACUGUUGGGAACAUUUCGUAUUAACUUGUUAACUCGUAAAAGUGCUAACCGAUACGUUAAUUCAAUAUUUAGCGAAGAUUUGAUACGCGUUUGAUAUUAAAAAUUAGCGCCUUUAAUAUUGCUUUUAAGGAUACCAAACGAUCUGUACUGCAACAGUAUUCGAAAUUUUGGUAUGUAACUUUGUAAAUAAUCGUUUAUUACGGAGAGAUGAUCGCGCGAGGAUCUUCUCGAGAUCCUCGAAGCUUCGGAUUUCAGUUCUAUCGUAUAAAUCGAAUUCUCCUAUGAUAAUCUCUCUUCGAUCGCUAUAUCCAUCUCAUGGAACGAUACAAUGCACAACAUUCGAUAUCUAUGCACGCGCCUCUGAUUCUGAACCGAUCGAAUGAUUUUCGCGCAUAUGCGAAACGCGCAGAUAAGUAAACAUUUCCCGACAGCUCUCUGUUUCUUGCCAUACGUUCCUUACGUAUAACGACUGUCGUACUUCCCCCGCUGUUCUUCGUCACUGACGCGACCGUAAACGUUCACCCAUUUGCCAUUCUUUACGAGACACCGGUAUUUCGCGCCUCAUGCACCAUAAGACUGCGAAACGAGAAUGGCCCAUGGUACACGUAGCUUAAAGUAGACCACGGUCAGGACGCAUGGUUUCGGCAUGUCCAUCCGUCAGCAGCGUCAUGAGAAAGCAACGUCCGCAACCGGCGAGCAUUGACAGCAGCAUUUUCGAGCUCUACGUUUUCCCAGUCGUUUGACCAGCGCGCGUCUGCCUUUAUUCUUUUAUUUUUCUUUUUUUUCUAUUCGACAUACAUAUUUUCUUUUCGGCUAGAUGGUUCAACGUUCGACAAGUACGGUUGAACGUUGGUUAAAAUUUCGUGAGUUCGGGAACGAGAUCCAAUCGUCGAAUGGCAGACGCGCGCACGCGAAUGUAACCACGGUAGUGUUUAGCGAGUUCUGCAAAUCACGUACCUAGCAGGGGUGUGUUCACACGUAGUAAAGAGCGAACUCGAGAGCAUGGAUCGUAGCACUUUCAGUAACAGUGUGUUGAAAGUCACGACAGAGGAAACUUUACGAGGCUUUCGUCGCGAGAGCCUCGUAGUACGGACCGACACCGAGCGAGUCGUUCACACGUUUACGAUCUUCCGUGCAACCCCUUUCCUCUGUCCCGAGACUUUCGCGUCGCCGUACAGCAACACCUUGCAUGACACUUGCAUGAAUCUGUUGUUAGUACUCUUGCGAAAGACAAAGAAUCCCGUAGCCGUUGCUUCCGCGGGGAACGGACGUCAAGGAAACAUCCUAUUCGAAUUUUUGGAACAUUCGACACUGAUAAUAUGCGAUACGGUGUUCAGACAGAGAAUAGUAAAAGAGAUAUGCAUCGUAGGAAUUAACGAUCGUGACAAUUCCGCGCGAGUUCCGCGUGGAUGAGCGGGCCGAAGUUCGUUGCCAAAGAGGAAGCACGGCUAUGUAACAGAAACCCGAACACGAAACCCUCCACCCAUACGAAUGCAACGCGAGGCAGAUCGAACUUAACAAAAGCACAACGUGGGCCUUCAGCUUCGAUCGUGCCACGCCAUCUCGCGCAACCAGCGGCUUCCCGCGCGCUUUCAGGCUUGCGGAAGCUCGCGACGAUCCCGCGGCACGCAACUCGAGGAACUCGAUGGACGAAAGCGACGUUGACUCGCUCGAGGACACUCGUGGAUCUAGCGCUUCACGAUCACGCAGUUCGGUCAUUUCGGGGUACGGCUGGCACGGCCAAGUUGAACGCGCAUGUCCUCACAGAGAGGCUUCCGGUGUGGAGCCUCUUGCCAAACAAGCUUCGGUGCUUGCUUCACUGAAAGCGAGCUAACCGGUGUUUCUCUGGCAAGCCAUGCGGCUCGUGUCGCGUCAUUUGUUCAUUGUCGCACGCGCGGCUGCGAGGCUAUUUUCAUUCUCGCGUCUCUUCUAUCUGUCUGCCCCUUUUAGUUCCAGUUUGUCAUUGCGCCACCGAUCCGCUACCGUUCGCCAUUUUCUAUCCGACAGUUUGCCGAUUGUAUCGGAGAGGACGUCGAUGAUCGAGGGAUCGUUCGUUACGUGGACGUUGAUCGAAGAUCGUUUCGUUUGUAAUCGAAAUUCGUUUCUCUGAUCGAGAAACGCAGCGGGAGACGGGAGCUGCAAUGACAACACUGACAUCAGCAUGUAACACGAGUGAAUUUCCAUUUCUAAGUGUGGCCUCGCAGCUGGAAAGAAUCCACGUUACGCUACCGAUUUAGUACCAUGCGAAGUGAUGGCGGAUGCGUUCGGACGAACCUUAAGCAAUUCGAUCGAAACGUUUGACGUGUCACGACGAUAUUUUCGGUUCGUUUUACAUUUCAAGGACGCGAAACGUCAAGUACGAUACUCGUCUCGAUCGAGGCUGCUUCGGGUUUCGAGACAGGGAAACGGAAAAGUAAUUGACUCGGAAUCGAUACAUUUGUUGCCCGCCUGUUUACACGAAAGCUCAUGUCCAAGUGCUUGCAUAAGAAUCGCGGAGAUUAUUAUCGAUGUACACUUUUGUCUGUUAAAAAUCGAUGUUUGCGAUUGCGCCGAGAUGCCAACCUACGUAUCGAUAUGCUGUGACAUUUUUAUCUCGAUGUUGGUGAACAUUGGGCAUAACUGAAUGCCGGUGUGAUGAUUAUAUUUUACGAUGCAAGUGUCAAGAAUCCCCUCUGUCUCUACGUGUCGAUGUGUAUCAGAUUUUGUAUGAUCGUUGCCCCCGGAGAUGUUGAUUUUUCUGACCUCUUGGUUCUACGUUGGUGUCAGUUACGUUGAUUGAAGACGAUUGAUAGAUUAUAUCGGAUGGCAUGAAGCGAUGUUUCGAUGGCAAAGUAGCGUUUUCGAUUUAUACUUUGGCACGUGAUUUCGUUGUCCCCCAUUUAGAUCCACAAGGACACGAUUUUCUUGCAAGCUCCACGCGAUUAUUGCCUCCGCGCGUAACACGUUCGUUAUUAUUUGUUACAUACGACAUUUGAACGACGACCUGUACAAAGAGAAGAGAUAAAUAACUAGUUCUUAAGCAGAA